UCUCCUCUCUUCUUUUCUUAUCCUUCCUUUUCUCUCAUAACUUACCCUUUCUCUUCUUUUCUUUUCUAUCCUCAACUCACAAACUAGCUGACUUCCAUUCCCUUUUCGUCUUGAGAUAGAGCAAUCAGCGAACUCACUGUUGACUCCACAAUGGAUUCCAAACCAACAGAAAUCAGCAGCUCAAAGAUGUUUGAUGGGUUCAACAAGAGAUACAGGCACUUCAGCCCCACAUUGGGAUGUUCCAUGACUUUCUCAAUUUACUUCCCACCUUCUCCUAACCCUUCUGACAAAUUCCCUGUGCUUUACUGGCUCUCUGGUCUUACAUGCUCAGAUGAGAACUUCAUUAUCAAGUCUGGUGCUCAAAGAGUUGCUUCAAUUGAAGGUGUUGCUCUGAUUGCUCCAGAUACAUCUCCAAGAGGCCUAAAUGUCGAAGGGGAAUCUGACAGCUGGGAUUUUGGUGUUGGUGCUGGGUUUUAUUUGAAUGCAAAGCAAGAUAAGUGGAAGAAUUGGCGUAUGUAUGAUUAUGUUGUCAAGGAAUUGCCAACUCUCCUUAGUGAAAACUUUCCUCAACUUGAUACAUCUCGGGCAUCCAUAUCUGGUCAUUCUAUGGGUGGUCAUGGAGCACUUACAAUUUACCUGAAAAAUCUGGAAAAAUAUAAGUCUGUUUCAGCUUUUGCACCAAUUGUCAAUCCUAUGAACUGUCCCUGGGGCCAGAAAGCUUUCACAAACUACCUGGGUGAAAAUAAAGCUGACUGGGAGGAAUAUGAUGCCACUUUGCUUGUAUCAAAAUUCAAAGAUGUUUCCGCCACCAUUUUAAUUGAUCAGGGAGAGGAUGAUAAAUUCUUACAUGAUCAGCUGCUGCCAAACAAUUUCGCAGAAGCCUGCAGGAGUGCCACUGUUCCACUUCUCUUACGUAUGCAGCCUGGUUAUGAUCACUCCUACUACUUCAUUGCCACCUUUAUCGAUGAUCAUAUUCGACACCAUGCUCAAGCCCUUUGUCUGUAGUGUAAUGACACAAGUAUAGGUUGUGAAGCUUUCAAGUCUCCUGGCUUUAAUUUCAAAAUGUUCUGAGCUUUUAGUUGCUCAGCUACUUGGUUUCCGAUAAAUUGUUUCCUUGGAGACCUAUUCACACUUGGAUGGGCUGUGCAGGAGUAACUUGGGGGCAAGUAAAAUGCCUUUAAUAUGUUAUAUUGAUCUUUGACUUUAAAUGGUUUGCCUUUUGUUACAUUUUUA